GUUUGUAGAGCCGGCGCUGAAGCGGUCUGUGUCGCGAUUCUGAAAAACGCACAAAAGCCUAGAAAAGUGUUGGGUCUGAAGAAACCCAGUUCCACGCAGGCGGUUUCUUACCGCAUAGCUGCGUACAGAUUCGGCAGAGGUGCGAGGUGACCAGCUGGGCCAGACUACGUUUUUGUGCUCGUAUUGUGUUUGGUUCCCUUCGCCGCUGUUAGUUUCAGAAAUUUCAACGUUUACUAGGGAUAAAGCCCUUCGAAACACUUGUCAACACGAUUCCGGAGGCCGAGCCCUCCAGCGGAGAACCCACAGGCUACUGGAGUUUUUCACGUCUACCAAGGCCGAACCGAGGCAGGCACUGCCAUCCUAAAGCACAGAGAGACUCUUCAGCGUACCGGUGAAAAAUGGAGAAGAUGUCUGUUUCACUGAAGGCUUUGUGCCUGGCGCCGUUCAACGCGUCGGACUUCAAGGCGGCAGUGUUUGGUGGCUUGUUUGGCGGCUUGGCUUCUUUUUUGGUGACUCACCUUCUGCUUGAACUGACCUUCAGCCCGUUUUUCUCAGUGUUCUUUGCAAUUCUUCUCGCUUCAAUUGCUGGUCUUGUGAUCCAGCGAGCCCUUGCAAUCGACCCCCCUGUCCCGCCUCCGGCUCUCGGCUUCGCCGACGAAGAUGAUUCUCUGGACUUGGACCCGGACACUUCUCUGCACAGCCUCCUCGCAGCCAGACUCGGCAGAGGUCCUGCCCCAGAUGCCGCGCCAUUAUCCGACAAUGCCUGGACCGGUCGGACCGGCUCUUCAGGCCCGGGAGGCAGAGGGAACGCUGCAGACGCGAAGCAGAUGUCCACCGAAGAAUUUCUCAAUGACGACGAAGAAGAAGGUGCCAUGCUAUUUGGACACAACGCGCUCGUCGCGUGAGGAGACUUGGCUGUUGGUACACAUCGGCAAAACCGUUCGGGACGCCGCUGUGCGCCGGGCAAGUUGGGUGCCGGCGGCACCACCCGCGUUCGCUCACUCGAGCCAGAACAUGUUCUUCCUCACGACGUCGGAUCCAGGCAAAGUUUGUGCAGUUCGGUGCAUUGGAGCGUGCGGCGGGUAACGUGUUUCGGUUUACCAAUGGUUCACCGACUGAUGCUUUUUUCAAAACUUGCAGGUAGUAUUAAACUGUAUGUGGAACUAGCCCCCCUGUCGGCGGACCUCGUGUGGGGUCUAUGUGCACAGUGUAGCGGGGCUCUGCGUGGAA